AUGGCUGGUUAUAUGAAACCUGUAGACAGUUACAAGGACAAUGUUACCUGUUCCAUCUGCCUGCAGAUAUUUACCUACCCAGUGACUCUUAACUGUAAUCACAGUUUCUGCCUAAAAUGCAUCCAAGAUCACCUGAAGCACAAGUCAUCAGGUGAUAAUUAUACAUGCCCAGAAUGUCGUGCUGAGUUUGUUGAAAAGCCAAGGUUGCUUAAAAAUCCCAAGCUAGUUGAAAAAGUCGAAAACCUGUCAAAAUGCCAGGAAAAGAAAACUGUCUGUGACUACUGCUUUGAGGAACCUGUGCCUGCUGCAAUGAGCUGUAUUCAGUGUGAGACUUUCUUUUGUGUUACACAUCUUCGCCCACACAGUGAAAGAGCAUCACUAAAGGAUCACAUUUUGGUUGAUCCCACAGAAGCUAUAUCUUUGCGGAAAUGUGAAGAGCACAAAGAAGUCCUUAAGCUUUAUUGCAAACAAGAUCAUGCAAGCAUUUGCAGUCUUUGCAGUAUAAUGGGGAAGCACAAGAAUCACUUGAUCUUGACUAUAGAAGAAUCAAAAAAUGAAAUCCAGUUGACUUUCACAGAAAACAUGAAACAACUUAAUCUAAAGAGGACAAAAGCAGAAGAAGCUAUCAAACGACUGCGGGAAUUGAAUUGCCAUGUGCUAGAAACAUAUUCUGGAUAUCUGGAAAAAACCAUACACCAUUAUAAGGGAAUUAAAGCACUCGUUGAAGAUGAUGAGCAACAGACUUUGCGGUUCAUUGAAGCUGAUCGACAGGCUGCCACUCUGUACAUCGAAACACAGACCAAGGACUGGCUGGAAGAGCUUGAUGAUAUAAAAAGAGUUAUUCAGCACAUAAACACGAUUUUAAAUCAAAGUGAUUCCUUCAGGUUUCUAAAGGGAGCAAACUGCAAUGAAUAUCGCAUUAAUUAUUUGCUAAAUAAACAGAUGCCGGACAUUCAUGAUAAUGUGAUUGAUGAUGGCAAGCUUUCUUCUUUGAUCAAGUCAAUCGGCAAAUUCGCCAACAGUUUGUCCAAGAAUGACAUGUCAGUCAGAAAAGCUCUCCUGGCAUGCUCCAUACAGCCCAAACGAUUUGAUGACACUUUAUAUGUGCUUGGCUCUCAGGGUUUUACAUUUGGUAAUCAUUAUUGGGAGGUGGUAGUGAAGGGCAAGACUGAUUGGGAGAUAGGGGUAGCUUAUUCAUCUAUACCAAGGAAAGGAAAAUGUUGGUUGGGUCGAAACAAUGUGUCCUGGUCUUUGGAAUGCAGCAGUGACCAAUAUACUGCAUGGCAUAAUAGCGUACCAUUAAAAGUUACUGCCAAGGGAAAACUGAACUGGGUUGGAGUUUACUUGAAUUAUACAGGGGGAAUGCUCGUAUUUUAUGAUGCUGAGAAAAUGGCCGUUUUAGUUUCCUUUUAUCAUAAAUUUACAGAAGCACUUUACCCCAUUCUAAAUCCCUGCAACAACAAAGGUGGAAAUUUUGCACCUCUUACUGUUCUACAAUUGAAGGAAUUGGCCAUAUUUAGGCAAUAA